GACCCGCGGUCCCCGCAGCCUGCCCGGGACCCAGCCCUGAAGAUGAAGCUCUGGCUGCUUCUGGGCCUUCUGCUGGUGCACGAAGCGCUGCAGGAUGUUGCUGGACAACACCCUCCCAAGAGCAAGCGUCCAAAGGAACAAGGAGAGAAUAGAAUCAAACCUACUAACAAAAAGGUGAAACCCAAAAUUCCUAAAACAAAGGACAGGGACUCAACUGAUUCAACACCAAAAACUCAGUCUAUCAUGAUCCAAGUGAUGGAUAAAGGUCGCUUCCAGAAACCAGCAGCCACCCUGAGUGUGAUGGCAGGACAGACUGUAGAACUUCGAUGUAAAGGAAAUAAAAUUGAGUGGAGCUAUCCUGCAUACCUUGAUACCUUUAAGGACUCCCGCCUCAGCGUGAAGCAGCAUGAACGCUACGGCCAGCUGACCCUGGUCAACUCUACUGCAGCUGACACGGGUGAAUUCAGUUGCUGGGGGCAACUUUGCAAUGGCUACAUCUGCCAGAGGGACGAGGCCAAAACAGGUUCCACCUACAUCUUCUUCACAGAGAAAGGAGAACUCUUUGUGCCUUCUCCCAGUUACUUCGAUGUUGUCUACCUGAACCCAGACAGAGAGGCUGUGGUUCCUUGUAGAGUGACUGUGUUGUCAGCCAAAGUCACGCUUCACAGGGAGUUUCCUGCCAAGGAAAUCCCUGCCAAUGGGACUGACAUUCUUUAUGACAUGAAGAGAGGUUUUGUGUACCUGCAACCUCAUUCUGACCACCAGGGGGUGGUCUACUGCAAGGCGGAGGCUGGUGGCAAGUCUCAGAUCUCCGUGAAGUAUCAGCUGCUCUACGUAGAGGUUCCCAGUGGUCCUCCAUCAACCACCAUCUUGGCCUCAUCAAACAAAGUGAAAGGGGGGGAUGACAUCAGUGUGCUCUGCACUGUUCUAGGGGAGCCUGAUGUUGAGGUGGAAUUCAGGUGGAUCUAUCCAGGGCAAAAGGAUGAAAGGCCUGUGAUGAUUCAAGACACUUGGAGGCUGGUCCACAGGGGAGUCGGACACACCACAAGAAUCUCCCAGAGUGUCAUCACUGUUGAAGACUUUGAGACUAUUGAUGCAGGAUAUUAUAUUUGCACUGCUCAAAAUCUCCGAGGACAAACUACAGUAGCUACCACCAUUGAGUUUUCCUGACUUGGAAAGUAAAAUAUAAUCAAAUAUAAUGAACUGAUGGAAAGCCCAUCUGCAUACACAAUUGGCUUCAGAGAUCUGUUUAUUAAUGCUGUCCCAGAAGCCAAUGUCAAGUGCUAAGUGCCUACCCCUGCCUCUCCCUUUGGAGUCAGACAGACAUCCAAACUAAAAGGAACUCAUCAGUCUAUUAAUAGAAGUGUUAACUUUUCUAACAGAAAGCAUGUCCUCUGAUUGCUUACCUACAUCCAUGUGUUUCUAGUUUUUAUACUAAGAAAGCAUGCAUAUCAAUAAUUUUACAUAAUCAUUAAAUGAGCAAGUUUUUAUAAAAAAUUAAAAAUGGGCUAUGUGCUUGUUUUUUAAGU